AAUCAAACACCCUCACUGGCCCCUGAGACAAUCAAUGUCAACUAUCCUGCAGAUCAAUGGCUCCAAGUCUUCACUGAUGGGUCCUACAUAGAAAACCAUGCAAACUUUGGUGCAGGUGUCUACUCUGAACUCUUCUCUUCCUACGCAGCAGCUGGACAUAAUAGAUCCGCUUUCGAAGGAUAA